GCCCGGCGAGGUGGGCGACAGCCCUCCCUGUUGGCCAACUUCCGAGGAGACCCUGAUUUUGGCACGCCGGAGGUUGAGAGAACCUGGAAUCGAAGCAUCAGAGGAGGUGAAGGGAACCUUCUGUAACUGCUCGGGUCUGGCCAGGCUGCCUCCGGGGGCGGGAGACCACCCUGAGCGUCCACUGGGGUGCAGAAUGGAGGGACCCACCUUGCAUCCUUCCUGCGGCGUUGCUUGCCUGAUCCACCCUCAGGCACGAGGAGGACACUUGUAAGAACCCCAAUGAGGUCCUGAAAGCCAAAUGGCAAAGACGGUAUCACAGGACAUAAACUGGUAUCGUUUUGGGGGACACAUUUUUGAAUGUAAUUGAGCAAGCGCGAAGAGGUGCCCUAUUAAAAAGCACAACAAUCUACGAGGAGAAAAAUUGAAUUUCCCCAUUUCUGCCAAGAUUUUGAAAACUGUUCUAUGUAUUGUACGUUUGAUAUAAGAUGAGAACUUUAUAAAAUAUUCUGUCCAAGAGCAUAAACGAUGACUACCCCAGCCUUGCUGCCUCUGUCUGGACGAAGGAUACCACCUCUGAACUUGGGGCCGCCUUCCUUCCCCCAUCACAGAGCUACCUUGAGACUUUCUGAGAAGUUUAUCCUCCUCCUUAUUCUAAGUGCCUUCAUUACCCUGUGUUUUGGGGCAUUCUUCUUCCUGCCAGACUCUUCAAAACACAAACGCUUUGAUCUUGGUUUGGAAGAUGUGUUAAUUCCUCAUGUAGAUGCCGGCAAAGGGGCUAAAAACUCUGGAGUCUUCCUGAUUCAUGGACCCGAUGAACAUGGACACAGAGAAGAAGAGGAACGUUUAAGAAAUAAAAUUCGAGCUGAUCAUGAGAAGGCCUUGGAAGAAGCAAAAGAAAAAUUAAAAAAGUCAAGAGAGGAAAUUCGAGCAGAAAUUCAGACAGAGAAGAGUAAAGUAGUCCAAGAAAUGAAGAUGAAAGAGAAAAAACCACUGCCACCAGUCCCUGUACCAAAUCUUUUAGGAAUAAAUGGUGGAGACCCAGAAGAUAAUGACAUAAGAAAGAAAAGGGAAAAAAUUAAAGAGAUGAUGAAACAUGCCUGGGAUAAUUAUAAGAUAUAUGGAUGGGGACAUAAUGAACUCAGACCUAUUGCAAGAAAAGGACACUCUACUAAUAUAUUUGGAAGUUCACAAAUGGGUGCUACCAUAGUAGAUGCUUUGGAUACCCUGUAUAUCAUGGGACUUCAUGAUGAAUUCCGAGAUGGGAAAAAAUGGAUUGAAGACAGCCUUGACUUCAGUGUGAAUUCAGAGGUGUCGGUGUUUGAAGUCAACAUUCGAUUUAUUGGAGGCCUACUUGCAGCAUACUACCUUUCAGGAGAGGAGAUAUUCAAGAUUAAAGCAGUCCAAUUGGCUGAGAAACUCCUUCCUGCCUUUAAUACACCUACUGGGAUUCCCUGGGCAAUGGUGAAUCUGAAAAGCGGAGUCGGGAGGAACUGGGGCUGGGCAUCUGCAGGUAGCAGCAUUCUUGCUGAAUUUGGGACACUGCAUAUGGAGUUUGUCCACUUAAGCUACUUGACAGGGAACCCGGUUUACUACAAAAAGGUCAUGCACAUUCGGAAACUACUUCAGAAAAUGGAUCGUCCAAAUGGUCUUUAUCCAAAUUAUUUAAACCCAAGAACAGGUCGCUGGGGUCAGUAUCAUACAUCAGUUGGUGGGCUGGGAGACAGUUUUUAUGAAUACUUACUGAAAGCAUGGUUGAUGUCAGAUAAAACAGACCAUGAGGCAAGAAAAAUGUAUGAUGAUGCUAUUGAGGCUAUAGAAAAACAUCUUAUUAAAAAGUCCCGUGGAGGCCUUACGUUUAUUGGAGAAUGGAAGAAUGGGCACCUGGAAAAGAAGAUGGGGCAUUUGGCCUGCUUUGCUGGAGGAAUGUUUGUGCUUGGAGCAGAUGGUUCCAAGGAUAAAGCUGGUCAUUAUUUAGAGCUAGGGGCAGAAAUUGCACGUACAUGUCAUGAGUCAUAUGACAGAACUGCAUUAAAGCUAGGUCCUGAAUCCUUCAAGUUUGAUGGUGCAGUAGAGGCUGUGGCAGUCCGGCAGGCUGAAAAGUAUUACAUCCUCCGUCCAGAAGUCAUCGAAACCUAUUGGUACUUAUGGCGAUUCACUCACGAUCCAAGAUAUAGGCAGUGGGGCUGGGAAGCAGCUCUGGCUAUUGAGAAGCACUGCCGAGUCAGUGGUGGAUUUUCUGGGGUGAAGGAUGUUUAUUCCUCCACUCCUGCACACGAUGAUGUGCAGCAGAGUUUCUUCCUUGCUGAGACAUUAAAGUAUUUGUAUCUGCUGUUCUCCGGUGAUGACCUUUUACCUUUAGACCACUGGGUGUUUAAUACAGAGGCUCACCCUCUGCCCGUGUUGCAUUUAGCCAACACCACACUUUCAGGAAACCCUGCUGUUCGAUGAAAGCAGCUCCAGAAAGACCAUUCUCACCUGUGUUUUGUUUACAUGGACCACUAUAGAAGAGUCUGGAGAGGGGACUUCAGCACACCUGAACCUCUUAAGUCAACAUAACAGGGUGGAACAUGACUUAUUCCCCACAGACUUUCAACUUGUAGAUAUCUCAACUUUGAAAUAAUUCCAUUUUAUACCUGACCAAAACAUAUUCCGGUAUAUGUAGGACAGAGACAUGAUGUGCUUUGAUUCUUAACGAGAUGGUCACAUGGGAAAUUAUGCCAGUUACUACGAUACUGUUUUUGGAGACCUGGAAUCUGGAGGCCAGACUUCCUAAGAAUAAGCCAAGAAUGUGGAGCAUCUUCAGGAGGUAGAGAUGGCCUUUGGCACCAGUCAAUAUCUGUCAUCUCCCAAAAUGGAGCAGCUUUCAAAUCAAAUAUUUACACAUUGUUUAGCCCCUUUUUCUCCAUUUUUAAUAAUGGAAUGAACUAAAAUAAACAAGAACAAAAGAACACAGUAACUGUAUCAGUACCAAGAAGACUUGGAAAAGAAACAAAAAUACCUACCCCUGUCUGAAUUUUCAAGUACCCCAUUGGAUGAUGAGACCGGCAACCAUUUCAAAUCCCAAUCUAUUCUAAUGAAAUUCUUAAUUA